AUGUUGAGAUAAACUGUUGAGGGAGAUAUUAAUUCAAAUGAGAAUUUAAAUGGCAAGUAUCCUGUUAAUUACCCUUAGAUUUCAAUUUUCAUCAAAUCUGAAGCUGAUUAAAUAAAAUCGAUGAGGAAUCCUCCUUCCUUACCUUAAACUUAUAAUUUAAUAAAGGGGUAGCAUUUGAACUAGUAUAAUUAAUAAUACAAUGGACCUAGUGCUGAUCUAAAGGAGCUCAAGUAAAAAGAGUUUUCGUAUUACUUGCUUCAAAAUAAAAAUACAGAUUAAAUAUUAGAAUUUGUAAAAUUAAAGGCCUUCGAAAUGAAUUUAGAUGAGAAAAAAAUAAAUUAAAUAUGUUAAUAAUCUUUUAAUCAAUUUGAACUGAGUCGCGAAGAUCCAGGAAGCAGUCUAAUGUAGAUAUUUUUAAAUAUUUAUUUCAAAACAGAGUCUACAGUUGCUAGUAAAACUGAGAAAGAAUUGUAAUAAAAGAAAAAUAAAUAGCUUCUUAAGUAAAACUAAAAUAAUACUUAAAUUACUAGCUAAAUUAGAAUAAAAGUACCUUCUUAAUUCUAAAAAUCAACAGACCAUUAGUAUGACCAUGCUACUUUUAUGAAAAUCCCUUUAGGUUUGAGCUCUAACAUCAAUGAAAGUAAUAAAAUUAUUAAACUAAAAGGACUAAAUGUUAACGAAAAUUAGCUGAUUAUGUGCAACAUUUGUUGUGAAGAAUGGUUUUAUUCAUAAUUUUUUCGUAUUUCUAUGCAGUGCACUCAUAUAUUUUGUAUCCAUUGUGCAUAAAACUAUCUAAUUACCUAAAUCAAAAACUCAAACGUGUUCUGUAUCAAAUGUCCACAAGAAGACUGCAGUGUUUAUUUUUAUGAUCAUGAAAUAUUUCUAGCUUUAAACUAAGACAGUUACUACAUUAGAAAAUACAUGACUAUAAAGAAACUUAAAAUUUUAAAUUCUAAUCCAAGAACAAGAUGGUGUAUAAAUCCUAAAUGCAACAACUAUAUAAAAGCUGUAUAAGAAAGUGCUCUUACCUUUGGUAUAACCAAAACACAUGUAAGUUUGGAAUAAUUUUAUGAAUGUGACUAAUGCAAAAUGAAAUUUUGCACAGUUUGUUAUUAUCCUGCUCAUUUGGAUAAAUCUUGUGAAGAAAAUUAUAAAAUAAUUUAUGAAGAAAUUAAAAAAUAGAGAAGAUAGAAUAAAAUGAGGCUAUUUAAUUAAUUUUUUUUGAGAAUAUUUGGUACACUUGCAAAGAUAUUUCUAUACAUUUUAUUUUAUUUAGCAUACCUAGUCUUUUGCAUUCCUUUCAGCCUAAUAUACCCAUAGUUUUUAUUUUAUUAAAUUUAAAAUAAUAGAAGAGAGUAAUAUAAUAAUGUAUUAAAAUCAAUAAUAUACGCAUUUUUGACAAUACUCAGCUUAAUUUCUUUUCCAUUAACCUAUUUAAUGCUAAUAACAAUUGGCAUCGAAAUCUACUUUUUACCUCGAGUUAAAAAGAUUUUAAAAUUAUAAAAAAAAGAAUAUAAAAAUAGCUAAACUUACUUAGUAAAAAAGGUGUGA